UCACACUUGGAUUUUUCAGAUAGUUCGGCCGUCAAUCGAAGAAACAAAGAAAAAGAAUGGGGAAGCAGCCGGUGAAGAUGAGGGCGGUGGUAUACGCCUUGUCGCCGUUCCAGCAGAAGAUAAUGAGUGGGCUAUGGAAGGAUCUGCCUUCCAAGAUUACCCACAAGGUCUCCGAGAAUUGGAUCAGCGCUACCCUUCUCCUCGCCCCUCUCGUCGGCACCUACACGUAUGUCCAAAAUUUCAAGGAAAAAGAGAAGCUGGAGCACAGGUAUUGAACCAUUGGGAAGCUUGCGUUUUAUGAGAAGAAAGUCAAGAGAUUGUAUAACUUUAGAUGCUAUUUUACCAAGGUUUCUUGCAAUGACAAGCCAUGUAUUUUGGUUGUGUUUAAUUAUGGACAUGGGAUGAUGAAAUUGGAAAAUUACCAUCAUCUUUAGGGUUAAAACAUAUUUAUCGAUUUGCUCUGCAUUAUUGUGUUUGCAAAUCAGUGGUGAUGGGGUCUUUUGUUCAUUUGUGGUCAUAAUAACAUGUGAUAUUUGGGA